AUGCGCGAGCCGUGGCUACGGCCGGGGAGACGCGUACUGGCGCGUUUGGCAGCAUUGCUGCAGGUUGGGGAAUGGCACGCUACUGCGUUGGAUUUGCCACCGCAUCCGAAAGUCUUCGGUCUGUGUCUGGUGACGGCAACGGACUGCCCACGUGGCUACCCAUGGGAGUUUCUGCUUACCGCUGGCCAGUGGUUCCAAGAGGCAAUCAAUAGCCAUGGAUUUGACUUGACCGCGGACUCGCGAAGCGCAUAUGCCGCCCUGGUGACCGUGAUCUUGUGCCUGCAGAUGUUGCGGCCACGAGCCGUUGCGGGUUCUGUGGGUUGGCAGGCAUAUCUAGCGGAGAGUGGUCGCCAACAUGGGACGACCUUUCGGUGCUCGCAGUGCUUGUCCGUGGAGCGCACCCUUCGUCGGCACCUGGGGUCAUCGUCUGAUCUUCAAGAAUUUAGCCCAGAAGAAGCCACAGAUUUCCUCAAACUUAAACGCUUGGUGGAAAGCAAACUUCCUGGACGCAAUUUGCGAUGGCAGACGAUUCGGGCGUCUUUGAUCAAGAAGCUCACGGAGACCAAAAUUACAAGCCAUGAACGCAGCGUGGAGACGGAAGACUUGCCGUUGAGCGUGCUCUUGCAACGAGGCUGGCACGAGCACGUGGUUCGCCGCUUUCCAUCUUUUGACUCAGAGGAGUAUGGCUGCGAGCUUUUCCAGGCUGCGGACCUGGAUGUGCCAGAGGACGGCCCAAGUGGUGAGUCUUCGGACAAGAAAGAGGUGCGACAGCUCGCUAAUGCAGAGAAGAAGAAAGAUAGCUUGGCUACGGUAAAGAGAUGGGGCAAGGCAUGUCGUACGGCUGUGAAUCUUCAGGACCAAAACAAGCAUAAGCCGGAAGGCGAUUCCCACGUGGAGUUGCUUCCUCUGCCAUUUGAUGGCACUGAUCUAAAGGUGUUGCUGAAACAAGGGCAAGAAGGCCAAAAGGCGUUGCGCGAGAGCUUCCCCAAGCCAAAGCCGAAGGCCAAAGCUGAGGCAAAGGCUGUGGCACCAGGUGGUGACGGAGAAGCGCCGGCACCGAAGCGCAGACGCGCCAAGGCGCCAGCGUGA